AUGGAAGCGUACAGGGUUUACACCCCGCUAGAUCCUGAGGCAGAAGAGAAUAGGAGGCUCGUCAACAUAGCAUUUGUGACGCAGGCAGCCUCGGAUAUAAGGAAAAAGUUACAGAAGAUAGAGGGUUUUGAGGGAGAGAAUAGGAGCAAGCUCCUGGAAAUUGCUCAGAAGGUGUAUGUUAAUAGAGAUGACCCAAAGAAGCCGGGAACCCGGGACUAUCAACUAAUUCAGGACUUGCGAGAGGUAAACCUCAGGUAUGUAGAUGACCUCCUGGUCGCAGCAGAAGGGGCCAAGGACUGCAAGGCUGCCACCAUAGAUCUGCUCCAAGACCUAGAGCAGAAGGGAUACAGAGUGUCUGCAAAGAAGGCCCAGAUUGUGACACAAACUGUGAGCUACCUGGGAUUUGAGCAAGCCCUUCCAGUUAUUUGUAGCAGAGAAGAAGGGGGUAGCACUUGGGGUACUCACCAAGAGUUAGGGCCGUGGAAAAGACCUGUCGCCUACCUCUCCAAGAAACUUGACCCAGUGGCCUCAGGCUGGCCGACAUGCUUGCGAGCUCUCGCAGCCACCUCAGUAUUAGUCAAAGAAGCCAGCAAACUAACCCUAGGACAAGACAUCCAGGUCAUAGGGGAGCACUAUAUAGAGCAAGUGCUCCGAGCACCACCUGACAGGUGGCUGACCAACGCUCGCCUGACUCAAUACCAGGCCCAGUUAUUGAACCCUCCCGCUGUGCAGUUCCUCAAAACCACAGCCCUCAACCCUGCCACCUUGCUGCCCAUACCAGACUCAACCCUAAUUCACAGCUGCAGCCAGAUAUUAGAAACAGUUACUGGCUCCCGCCCAGAUCUCAAGGACCAGGCAUAUGAGAAGGUGGACCUAACCCUAUUUACAGAUGGGAGCAGUUUUAUCAAGGAUGGGCAGCGAUAUGCUGGAGUAGCGGUAACCACUGAAGAUAAAGUAUUAUGGCAAGAGACGUUGCCCCCAGGGACCUCUGCACAGAAAGCAGAACUCAUAGGGUUAACGAAGGCCCUACAAAUAGCUGAAGGGAAAGCAGCCAACAUUUACACAGACAGCCGCUAUGCCUUUGCAACAGCCCACAUCCAUGGUGACAUCUAUAAAGAAAGAGGCCUCCUGACAGCAGGGGGAAAAGACAUCAAAAACAGAAAUGAAAUCUUGGCCCUCCUCGACGCCAUCUGGCUCCCCUCCAAGGUUGCAAUGAUUCACUGCAAGGGGCACCAGAAGGGAGAGUCCCCGGUCAUAAGGGGGAACCACCUCACUGACUCGACUGCCAAGGAGGCAGCCACGAAGAAGCAACCACGAAGCAACCACACUUACUUCCCCUUGUGGCGCCCCCGACCCUGCCAGCAGACCCUAGCUACCUCCCAGAAGAAGAAGGAGGAGGAAAGAAACGAGGAGGACAGAAGAACCCCCAGGGAUGGAUAGAACUGCCAGAUUCUAGGCUAUAUUUACCCCAGGGGGUAGAGGAAUAGUCCAGGACCUAUAUACUUCCACCCAUCUAGGGAAGAACAAAUUGGAGCAACUCAUCAAGAAAUACUACUCAGGACCCCAAGUCCGGGACAUUAUCCACUCUAUAGUCUCCAGGUGCAGCGCCUGUGCUAAGUCCUUACAGGCUUUGCAGAAGAUCAGGAGAGAAGUGUGUGAC